GGCAAUAGACUAAACGUACGUACACAAAUGAUACCUGUUCAGCAACUACUGUAGCUUGUAAAUAGUGUAUUUUCACGAACACUAGCAGCCAGGCCCAAGACUCCAUUAUGAGUUCCACGAAGUCCAUUCGAUUCUAUCAGAACCUUCCAGGAGAGAAGAACGAUGUCUCUCAACAAAUACCGACUCCAGAUCUAAUCCCUGAGUUAUGUCAAAGGAGAUCAAUGUCUGAUUUCAGCUCUGGACGCAGCCGUCAAAGACGCCGCUCUAAAAGCAGCCAAGAACUGUGUGAAUUGACUAGUCUUUCUUCCUCAUCCUCUCUUGAACGUGGCCCAAAAGUACCUCCCAAACCAUCUCAGGUUAGUAGCAGCUUUGUUAUCGGUGCUAGUGUACCUGCACUGCCCCCCAAGCCAGCAGGACCUCCAAAACUGUCACCAAUUCUUUCUAGUAAGAGCCGAUCAAGAAGUGUUCUAACUGGUCAUUCGAAUUCUGAAUCUAACUUAAAGCAGGUCAAACCCACUGGUUCUCGAUCAGUAUACAUCAAUUACCCUACUCUCCCACCAAAGGGCAAAGAAAGAGUCCAGCAAGUUGGUGGUUUUGAGUGCGAAUUUGUUGAAGAGCCUCCUAACGGAAUUGAGCGAAUGUGUCCAAUUUGCUUGCAAAUUAUCCGAGAACCGCAUCAAGUCGAUUGCUGUGGCUACAGCUUCUGCAAGACAUGCAUUUAUCGUGUAAAAGUCUCGAAAAAAGCUUGUCCUAUGUGCAACCACAACAAUUUUUCAGUGUACCCCAACAAAGGACUUCAGAGAGUUUUAUAUGAUCUUACAGUUUCCUGCUCAAAUGCUAAAGAGGGUUGCACUUGGACUGGAGAGUUGAGACAACUUUUGAAUCAUUUACGAGGCGACUAUUUCGAUAACGAAUUGGUCAAUGGUUGUGAGUACGCAGAUGUUCAGUGCCAAUUUUGUACACGUAUUUUGAAGCGUAUUCAUUUGAAAGAGCACAAGCAAAAGCUUUGUAACAAACGUCCCUUCACGUGUACUCAUUGUAGCAAGUAUUCCUCAACUUUUGAAGAUGUAACAGAAAAUCACAUCACUGUUUGUCCGAAUAUUGCUGUUUUUUGCCCAUACGACUGUGGAGUACUCAUAGCCAGAAGAGAUGUAGAUUUACAUGCUAGAUCGUGCGGUAAAACUGAAGUUGACUGUGAUUUCGAAGAAUUUGGGUGCAAUCUGAAAGUCACACGAAAGUAUUUGCAAGAACACCUUGUAAUGAGCACAUCAGAACAUUUAGUACUAGUAGCCAACAGUCACAGGGAGUUGAAAGAAGAAUUAGAGCACCGAAAUUUACUCAUUCAAGAGCUUAGAGAAACAGUUUCAGCUCAAACUGUGGAGAUAAGUUCUCUUAAAUCAAUGCAGAACACUUUGAAACGAUCGCUGACUCAGCUCAGAAAUCUUGCUGGCACAUUACCUAUCAGGGUAUCUGUCAACAAUUUCUCCAAGCUGCGAACAGAGAAUGGUGUAUGGCUGUCUCAACCUUUCUACACCCACCCGCGUGGAUACAAAGUGUGCUUGCAGAUUCAUGUUCGCCCAAACGAUCCAGGCAAGCCAGGCUUCAGUAUGUCUGUCUACCUAUUCUUAAUGCGAGGGGAGUUUGAUGAAAGCCUUAAUUUUCCGCUAGUAGGUACAGUAACUGUGCAGCUAUUGAGUCACAGCCCUAGAGUGGAGCCGGUGAGACGAGACGUUGUGUUUCAUCAGUACAUGUCUGUGCUGUGUAACAGUCGAGUGACCAGAGGAGAAAUGGCACGGGAAGGUUGGGGAUUUGUCAUUACUUUCUCUGAGGAGAAAAGACUCGCUUUAUAUCUGCUGAAUGACUCAAUAACUUUCGAGAUUAUGAGUGUACAGCUAGCUUAAUUUGGUUGUGUUAUGCUUAUUAAUAAUUUGCGUUUGUGCUGUUAAUUUGAAUUUUUGUGUCCUCUUAAUGAAUAUUGAAUACAGUAGAACCUCGAUUAUCCGGACGUCUUAGAUACAGAGGCAGGCCAG